UCGAAACAUGUUCAAAAAGCGAAGUGGAAGAAAUUUAAGGGUGCGCAAGAAUAGUAGUGACGACAAUGUCAGCGAAGAAUCAGCGGCUCAAUCUACAGAAGUAGUUUUCAAACCGCUUAAGACACAGUCGGUAUCGGCCCCUAUAGAUAAGUUGCGAGGCUCGUCAUCAAAACCCUCCCUAGCGUUCGAUCACAACGACUCAGAUGAUAGUGACGUGUGUGAGAAUCCUGAUUGGUUUGUGCAGAAGAAAAUUUUGGCUAAUGAGAAAGCAGCAGCUAGUGCCGCUCAUAAUAAAUUCAAAAAACGAGACAAGAUUGUGAAAAGAGAGGAACUUAUUACUCCUCGAGAUUCGAAAAAUGAUCUGAAACUGAUCGAGAAUACUUAUGGAAUAAAAAAAGAACCGGUUCCCGAUAUAAAACUAGAAGUGAAAGUGGAGCCAUUGAAUAAGAGUAAAGGGAGGCAUGAGGCUCAUAGUGAUAGUGAUGAUUCGGAACAAUAUGAUAAAGUUCUCAACAGGUUGGAGCAUGGAAUGAUUCCUAAUGCUGCGGAAAUUCACGCAGCUAGGAAACGCAGACAAUUUGCAAGGGAAACAGGCCAAGGGGAUUAUAUGCCGCUGAAUAAUCAGCAAGGUUCUGGUGAGCAGAGGGAAAUUGUCGGAGCUGAAAGACGUGACGAAAUGUCAAGUGGAGAUGAAGAUGAACGCAUGCAAAUGAUCGGCAAAAAGAACGAUAGACUAGAGCAUCGGAUUAAUAUCCAAGAGACUAUUGAUGAUCAUAGCGAUCACAGUCGGACAGCUGAUUCCGACGAGGAUAACUCUGAAAACGAGAUGUCAAAGUGGGAAAAGGAACAGUUAGAGAAAGUCAUUGGGAAAACAUCGCUGAAAAAUUUGACCGAAAAGAGUUCUGAUAUUUUGGUGCAGCAUCAGCCGCAGUUUCAUUCAAGUCAUCUGGAUUAUAGCAAUGGAUCUGGCUACAGUUCCUAUAUGGAACCGAAUGCGGCAGCAAUGUCGGGAUACAAUAGACAUGGAACUAUGGAAGUCAACUUGCCUCCGUUGCCUGAAGUUUCCUGCAAUGCUUUCUUAACAGACUUGAAUGAGAAGUUGAACUUUUUGAAAGUGACUCAUGAGAAAACAGCAGACGAAAUGAGGUCGAUUGUUCGCCAAAAUGUAGAAGCUGAAAGUGAAAUCGAGUCGGCAAAAAAGUUACUCCCCGAGUAUGAAAAAGAGUUCAAGUUUUUCCAGUCUGUGAGAAAUUACGUAGGAGAUUACCUGGAUUGUAUGAGUGAAAAAGUUUUGAUCAUUGAUAAAAUUGAGCAGCUGAUUCAUCAGUGUUACGUAAGAGAAGCAGAAUAUUUGAGUAAUCGCAGACAACAAGAGGUCAACGACGAGAGUCUAGAAAUGACCUUGAUAGCAUCGGCAGGUGGUUUCUUGAACCCUAAUCAAGUUGAAGCCGCGCAUAAUCAGCGAAUCAUGGAGAGAUGUGCGAGGCGACAGAGACGGAAAAUGCAGCGAAUGACGAUCAACGCGAAUGUCAAGUAUAAGAGUUCGAUUGAAUGUUUCAGAAAAAGUAGCCCAGAACUGUGCGAAGGUUUGUCUAGCGACGAGGAGCUGGACGUCAUUUUGAACCAGAGUUUAAUGGAAGAACAGAGCAGAAUAACGAAUGAGAAGAAGACUCUGUUUGAUGACACAGUCGAAGAGUUCCAAGAUUUGCAAAUAGUGAUGCAGAAAUUGGAAUCUUGGAAACUGAAAUACCCUCAAAGUUACGACAACGCCUUUGUAUCUGAAAGCUUACCCAAAAUAUUUUCUCCAUUUGUGAAGCUCGAAAUGCUUCACUGGAACCCUCUGAAACUGUUAGAUCCAGCAGAAGAUAAUCUGGAAUCUUUGAGCUGGUUUCAAAUUCUGACAUUGUUCGGCAUUCGGUCUGAAAGUUUGCUUGAGAAAUCUUUAGAAGCUACAGUAGAUGACUCAGAUGCUCUUUUAGUUAGUAAAGUUAUUGACAGAAUUGUUAUUCCGAAAAUAAAUUUCUUCGUCGAAAAUGUGUGGAAUCCAGUUUCAAUUAGCCAAAGCAGCAAUCUUCACAGUUUGAUAUCCCAGGUAUUUUACACUUUCCCAACAGUGAACCCUGAAAGCAAACGAGUUCAACAACUAGCGAAAAGUAUUUUGAGGCAAAUUGACAAAAGUGUUUCAGAACAUUGCUUUGUUCCUCUAUUCUCGAAAGAAAAUGUUGUGGCUUUUUUGCCAUUGCGACAGUAUUUGGACCGCCAAUUCUGGACAUGUUACAAGCUCGCGUAUACUAUUACUCUUUUUGACGACAUUUUUUCAUCGGCACCCUUAAUCGACCGCUUUUGUAACGGAGUGUUGAAUCGUUAUCUUAUAAUGGCGAUGACAAACCUACCAUUGGACGAAGGCUUAAUAGGGCAAAUUGACAAAAUCGUAGACACAAUUCCUCAAAGUUGGUUGUCGAACGAAGAUAAUGGAUCUAGUUUUCCGGCUGAAAUGCAGCAUUUUGUUCGGUUUUUAGGCCAAACUUUAUCGACUGCUUGUUCAAACUCAAUCUACGAAGCUGCAUGUGAGGCAUUUGUUGCUCAUAUCUUGAAAAUGUUGGUCAAACUGAAAGCUACAAGCACUGCCCGAGAACUAAUUGCGAAACACAAACUUGAAAGAUUUAAUAAUAUUGUGAACUGCUAGUAGUAAUUGAUUUACUCUUUAAAACUGCACUAGUAUUGGUCGUCUGAUUUUCAUGCCUUAUCCGUAUUUUAUCUUUUGAUCCUGAAUUGAAAAGUGAAUACACUGA